AUGAACGUCGCAAGCUUCACGUCUCCGAAGUUUGACCCAUCAAAACCUAGUCCAACAACAACCGACUGCACUGGUGCCAAAGGCAUCAGCCCAAAAUGUAGCAGCCAAGAAUCUGCGUACCAGCGAGACUCCUUCUACAUCGGUGGUGGCUACGUCGACUCCGGCAUCCCAGGCCAGCAGAUUUGGAGUGAUCAACUCUACGUGGAGAAGCUGACGCCCGCCAAGAAGGUCAACAAGCCUUACCCGAUGGUCUUCAUCUCCGCAGGUGUCAACGCUGGCGCAGAAUGGCUGAAUACGCCAGACAAUCGCAAGGGAUGGGCCUCCUACCACCUGGACCAAGGCUACCAAGUCUAUAUCGUUGAUAUCGCUGCCAACGGCCGAAGUGGUCAGCAGCUUCUCUCCAAGUACCCUCUACGCAUUGGUUCCACAGACAUGAUCAACGAGCAGGGUUUCACAGCUCCGGAAGACUUCGACCAGUACCCACAGGCAAACCUACAUACACAAUGGCCGGGCAAUGGAUCUCGGGGAGAUCCCGUUUUUGACGCCUUUACUGCCGGCAACGUUCCUAUCUCUUCAUCUAACAUGAACGUGGAGGGCACUAUGCGCACAUCCGGCUGCCAGCUUCUCAGCAUGAUUGGCCAGUCAUACACAGUGUGCCAUUCUGCGGGUUGCACUUAUACAGCGAUCUGGUCUGACGCAUGCCCGGAUCUGCUGCGUGCCAACAUUAACAUUGAGCCUGGUAACAUACCUUUCACUUCUCUGGUCGGAAAUACCACCGUUGCUGGGGUUGGUCGUACCGCUGCUCGACUGUGUGGUCUCACAUACACGCCGCUGCAGUUCGAUCCACCAGUAACGAACUGUUCGGCCAUUACUACCGUUGAGGUUGGGCCAGACGUUCCGGCCAAGCGCUCCUGCAUUCUCCAGUCGGGCACGAUCCACAAGCUCACCCAGCUCAGCAAAGUGCCUUACAUCAUGAUUACAGGUGAGGCCAGCCCGCAUAUCACGUACGACCACUGCUUCAUCGAGUACUUCAAGCAGAUGGACAUCACCAACUAUCAAUGGAUCAGGCUUGCCGACAUUGGUAUCAGGGGCAAUGGGCACUUCAUGUUCCUGGAGAAGAACAACCAGGAUAUCGCCGCGGCGAUCAACCACGGCCUCAGGGAAUUGAACAGAAACCCAGCUGCUCCAGGCCAUCCGGUUCUUCCCAUCUCUGUGAGAUGA